CCACCUCCAUACACAAACUCAGAAUGUACUCAUCUGUCUCCCCCAUCCCCUCCGGGUACGGACCCCGUUACGGAGCUCAGCCGCAUUUCUUGAAGAUGACCCCCGAGAAGUUCGGCCGAUGGGCUCCUUCCUUGGUCGCAUGGGGUGCUACUGCUGGUGUUGCUGCUAUCUUCCUUUUGUCUGGUCUUCCUAGGAUGAAGAGGGAUGUUUUGCAGAAGGUUCCCUUCGUCGGUGGUUACUUCAUCAACGAGAUCCCUGCUUCUGACUCUCCUUUCUAAGCGAG